UCCUUUGUCGCUUGAGUCCUUCUGAAAGGAAUGUCAGAUUGGUAUAGAACUGGGAACCUGGCUUUUGGAUAAUGGAAUCUGCAGGCCAUUAGGGAGACCGUGUCUGAUUAAUUAUUCAACAAACUAAGCUAACCCCGGCAUGUACCCCACUGCUAGUGCUAGAGUAGCCUUUAUAAAUGGGAAGGAUUGAUGAUUCACUUCACAAGCUGCAAGGAACAAGAAUACACCACCAACAUCGAUCAGGUAGCAGGAGCAAUGACAGGGUUUUCCUCUCCAUGCGGCGCAUGCAAGUUCCUUCGGAGGAAGUGCGUGAAUGGGUGUGUCUUCGCCCCACACUUCUGCCAUGAGCAAGGGGCUGCACAUUUUGGAGCCAUCCAUAAGGUCUUUGGUGCCAGCAAUGUCUCAAAGCUCCUCACGAGCCUCCCGGCGAUCGACCGCAGAGAGGCUGCAGCCACCAUCUCCUACGAGGCACAGGCCAGGCUACAUCAUCCUGUCUAUGGUUGCGUCGCGCACAUAUUUGCUCUGCAGCAGCAGGCUGUGAAUCUGCAAGCACAGUUGGAGUCAUUAAAGGCCCAGGCACCACAAGGGUACACAAAUACUUAUUCCGCAUCAAGCCCUGAAGAAGACAGUAUUAAGGCUGAGGUUAUGGCUUGCCAGAAAGGGGAAGCCAGGAUGCCACGGCCAGCAGAAUUAUGCCCCUCUGUAAAGAGUGAGAGCGAGAGCUACUUUGGAAAUGGCCUUAUGACCUGCAAUUCCAUGCAAUCUUCUCAGGAUUACAACAUUUCACAUGUAUACACACCUAACUAUACAGCCCCGUUUAAUGAUGAUGGUAUCCACAGUAGCACCAUGUUUCCUGUUGAUAUCCAAGAAUAUCUGCAAGAGAAUGGGAAUUAUUGGCACUGA